GGCCGGCUCGGGGAGGCGGAGGGAGCCGCGGGGGCUCCAUGCGGGGCGGCAGCGGCUCCAGCCCGGGCCUGCCCAGGCCGCUGGCUCCUCCCUUGGGGAAGGAGGGUGCGCCGGGGCCGCCCCCGCGGUGUGACGGGGAGCGCAGCCCGAGCGGCCGCGGGCGCCGGGCCUGAGCCGGCGGGCGUCGGUACCACCUCCGCGGCCCGGCCCGGCCCGCCCGUCGGCGGCCACAAUGUUCUCCCUCAAGCAGCCCAAACCCACCUUCAAGUCGUACCUUCUGCCUCAGGCUGAUGACAAUAUAGCAUCAGAACCAAGAAUUAAAAAACUGGAACCAGUACUUUUACCAGGUGAAAUUGUGGUGAAUGAAGUAAAUUUUGUAAGAAAGUGCAUUGCAACAGACACGAGCCAGUAUGAUCUGUGGGGCAAGCUGGUUUGCACUAACUUCAAGAUUUCCUUUAUUACAGAUGACCCAAUGCCACUGCAGAAAUUCCAUUAUAAAAACCUCCUCCUUGGUGAGCACGAUGUCCCACUCACAUGCAUUGAGCAGAUUGUCACAGUGAAUGACACCAAGAGGAAGCAGAAGGUCCUUGGUCCCAACCAAAAACUGAAAUUUAAUCCAACUGAAUUAAUAAUUUAUUGCAAAGACUUCCGUAUUGUCAGAUUUCGUUUUGAUGAAGCAGGUCCUGAAAGUGCAAAAAAGGUGUGCCUUGCAAUAGCUCAUUAUUCUCAGCCAACAGAUCUUCAGCUUCUUUUUGCAUUUGAGUAUGUUGGGGAAAUAUAUCAUAAUCCAGCAAAGAAGGUGAAUGGCAUAGACCCAGGAGGUGGUGGCGGUGGCAUCAGCAGUGCCAGUGGUCAGCAGACUCCUCUGUUUGAAACUUACUCGGAUUGGGAUAGAGAAAUCAAAAGGACAGGUGCAUCUGAGUGGAGAGUGUGCUCAGUCAAUGAAGGUUAUAUGAUCUCCACUUGCCUUCCAGAAUAUUUUGUGGUUCCAUCUUCCUUAGCAGAUCAAGACCUGAAGCUCUACUCCUACUCCUUCAUUGGGAGGCGAAUGCCUUUAUGGUCCUGGAACCACCCUAAUGGGAGUGCCCUUGUGAGAAUGGCCAACAUUAAAGAUGUAUUGCAGCAGCGAAGAAUUGAUCAGAGGAUUUGUAAUGCCAUAACUCGAAGCCAUCCCCUGAGAAGUGACGUUUACAAAUCUGACCUGGACAAGUGUCUCCCCAACAUCCAGGAAAUCCAGGCUGCACACAACAAACUCAAACAGCUCUGUGUCAAUGACCCUUUUGAUGAAACCGAAGAGAAGUGGCUGUCCUCACUGGAAAACACCCGCUGGUUAGAGUACAUUAGAGCCUUUCUUAAGCAUUCUGCUGAGCUUGUCUACAUGAUGGAGUGUAAGCACGUUUCUGUAGUUCUACAAGAGGAAGAGGGACGGGACCUGAGCUGUCUUGCUGCUUCUCUCAUUCAAGUCAUGCUGGAUCCCUAUUUUCGAACCAUUGUUGGAUUUCAAAGCCUAAUACAGAAGGAAUGGGUCAUGGCAGGAUAUCAAUUUUUAGAUAGGUGUAACCACUUAAAGAGAUCUGACAAAGAGUCUCCUUUGUUCUUGAUGUUCCUUGACUGCGUUUGGCAGCUGCUGGAACAAUACCCAGCAGCCUUUGAGUUCUCUGAGGUGUACCUGACCAUCCUGUACGACAGCGCACGCAUCUCCUUGUUCGGCACCUUCCUCUUCAACUGCCCUCACCAGCGAGUCAAGGAAAGCACUGAAUUCGCUAUAAGCAAAAAUAUUCAGCUGGGUGAUGAGAAAGGCCUGAGGUUUCCAUGUGUUUGGGACUGGUCUCUGCAGUUCACGAGCCGGGACCGGCUGCUGUUCCACAACCCGCUGUACAUCGGGAAGAGCACGCCCAGCGUGCACAACGGGGCCCUCCGCACCUUCAAGCGCUCCAAGAAAAACUACAGCUCCACAUUGCGAGGUGUCCCUCCAGCAAUAAAAAAUGGAAUCAUCGGUGAGCAGGAGUUCCUUCCAAGAAGAAACUCUCUGAUACUAAAAUUGAAGCCGGAGUUUUUCCAGUCAGCAGAAGGGCAGAGCCACAGUAUGGAGCAGUACUUCAGAGACUGGUUUGCAAAGCCCGUUGAUUUGCACGGCGUCAUUCUGCCCCAUCUCUCUGGAACACAAAUAAAACUGUGGAAACUCUGCUACUUCCGCUGGGUUCCCGAGGCCCAGAUCAACCACGGGGGCUCCAUCACUGCUUUCCACAGAGUUUCCCUGCUGGCAGACGAGGUGGACAUGUUAAACCGCAGCCUGCGGCAGUACAAGAGCAACUCCUCCUUGCAAGGCCACUGCUCAGAACUGGAUCAAAGCAGGAUGUACUUCAGAGCAAAUGGUUUAAAUGACACCUCAGGUGCCCCAGACUUUCUGUCCUCCUCAUUCCCAUUUUCUCCUGUAGGGAACCUAUGCAGACGGAGCAUUUUGGGAACACCUUUAAGCAAAUUUUUAAGUGGUGCCAAAAUCUGGCUAUCCACUGAGACGCUUGCAAAUGAAGACUGAGGUGAUGUGGAGGUUUAAAGGUUUGGUGAGAAUACAGCAUAUCAUUUUGUCUUUUCUAACUUAACACUGCUAAAUGCGGCAUUGAAAGCUGUAAUAAUUUUUAUAUACAAACAUUACGUAAGAUUUGCACAAAUAUUUAAAAGCAAGGCAAGUCAUGCUUCAAAUCGCACAAUUUUGUCUUCAGUAGUUCUCAUCUGCUGGGGCUUCUGCUCCCCAAUUCCUCCUCUUCUUGGGGGUUUGGCUCAUUACAAUUGAUAGAGCAUUUCAUUAGCUAAUUGAAAGGCUUGGUGUGGUUGUUAGUGAGGGCUCUGCUUGAAAUAAUUUUGUUUUCCCAGAUAGUGACUGGAGUGACCCUUUGAUAAAACAGCUGGAAAGCCAAAGUAGUGCAGUGGAGAUGAACUGACAGCUGAAAUCUGGGAAUGUACUAUUUUAUCAGACUGCCUCUUCAGGAGUAAUACUUACUUGCAUAGAUACAAACAUAAUAAUGUUCCAUGACUGAUCAUCCUACAUUGUGCUAAUGCAGUGUAUCCAUGGAAGGGGUUGUUCCCUUUUCUUUCUGUCCCCAAAAUGUGUUCAUUAACAAUUAGUCAGAUUUGUGCUCUUUGUCAUGAGCUUGACUUUAGACUGUAGAAAUCCACAUCAGGACAAUGCACUGUUAACCUUAAAACAUUUACUGUAGAUAUGGUAUUGUAGUAGCUUUAGAAGUGCCUUUAAUUGGGAGGAAACAGUAGCAGGAUUACUCUAAUGCAGCUGACCCCCCCCCCCCCAACUUUUUAAAACAGAUUGUUGUGGCAAGUUCUUGUUCUAUCCCCCACUUCCCCCUCUCUAUUUUUGGAAGAGGCAUCCAGAAGAAGCAGCAGGUGUUGCCUCUUGAAGGGUAAGUUGUUUGUAAGUCCCACAAGAUCCUCACCUUUUUAUAAGAGCAUCUCAACUACUCAGCAUUAUAUCCCUGCACAGAUCCUGAUCCCUGCCAUCCCUCUCCUCAUUUUUUUGCAGGAUGAGUAGCUUAUAGCAGAACUCACACCUGAGCCCUGCUGGGUUCCAGAAAGGACCACUGGCUCCUCAUUGCCACUUCCACAAGGGGUGCAGGUGCUGCAGUCACUGGGAGCAGGGGCUGCAAGAAGAGCAGUGAGUGGUGCCUUCUUUUUGCAGACUGCACAUCCAUAGGGACAGUGCACUGAACAAGCACUGCCUGAGGGAAUUGCAUCCAACAGCCUCCUUCUGCUUAAUGCAGCAGCCUCCUCAUUGUUCUGAAACCUUUUAAAUGAUGCCUGUCCCUGAAUACUGUGCCACAAAAGGACUCACAGGGAGAAAGGCAGGAGUGUGAAGAAUUCCAGGAGGUUGGAGAAGUAGUGAUGUGUCAUUCUCAUAGGCUCCUGUCAGCUGCCUUCUCUGAACAGCGAGGCUGUAUUUUGUAUUAAAUUAUUUCUGUAUAAACACCAACACUGUUGAACUGACACUGAGCCUCUACCCAGGUAUUGCCUCUACCCAGGUAUUGCCUCU